AUGUCGCAAUUGCUGUACCGACUGAUCACCUCUGAUCACUUUAGCGAUAACCCCUUUCUCGCUGUGGCAUAUCUGGCUCGAUAUUCUGGUCACAUAGGAAUACACCAUUUUCUCUGUACAAAGCUUCGGGAGUUCAGCUAUGAGGAGAUCGAGUUCUUCCUUCCGCAACUGUGCCAUCUACUUGUUAGCAUAGAGAAUACGGAAUCUGUGGCGCUGGAGGAGUUUAUUUUUGAGCUAUGCGAGAAAUCAGCGCAUGGGGCUCUUCUGACAUUUUGGCUGUUUCAGACGCAUCUACACGAUUUAUCGGGGGAUCCCACGUCGAGUGCGUUUAAGACAUGUAGAAGAAUCUAUAAUAAGGUGCAACAUAUAGUGUUUGGUGCAGAAGAAAGUAAGAAAAAAGAAAGAUUAAAGGAGAAUGUUCUGCCAGUUACCUUGCUGGCAAGUUUGAUUAUAGGAAGCGUUGCAGCUCCAUUUUUACCGAAGUUUGCGGGACCUUUAGCUGUUGCGCAGGCACGGAAACCGCAUGUUUAUCAAUCAAUAACAGAUCUUCCGGGAAAACUCACUCGAAGCAAAACCAUUGCGACCGGGCAACCAAGUAGACCAAAGAAAGAGCGGCCACGAGUCAAGACCUCAGACUCCACCUCAGCUGUUUCUGCUAAUCAGCCUUCACAUACCAAAUCGCCAAGAUCUCCCCACAGCACACCAACUUCGCCAGCCACCAGACCUGAGAGAAGGUCAUUUUCACUAACACGACGGUCAUCUUUCAAAUCGGAUUCUCUCAAUGUCCCACUUAUGUCACCUACCGCUUCCUCUUCUUUGCCAGAUCUUCGAAUGCAACGAAGUGUUACACUCGGUUCGUCAUCUGGGACCAAUAACAUUCGUCGCCGAAAGGAAAGGCCUUUAACUCCAGCACAGCUAUCUACGUCCAAGAAAAUUCAUAUGUUAAGAGCAAAUUACUUUCGCAACCAAACUCAGUUUCUAUCGGCAUUGGAAGAUAUAUCAAACAAGAUGGUUUUGGUGCCAAAGCCGAUCCGGCUCAGUGCUCUACGAACGGAAUUGGCUUUACUCAACAACUAUUUGCCCGCUGAAGUUGAUAUUCCAGUGAUUUGCCCUGCCACUGCUGGUCAAGAUAGUUGGCAACCUGGCCACCAUCGAGUUGUUCGCAUAAAUCCAGCUGAGGCCACUGUUCUAAAUAGUGCUGAAAGAGUACCUUAUCUCCUCAUGGUAGAGGUUUUGAGAGACGAUUUUGAUUUCGACCCAGAGAAGCCGGAUAACCAACAGCUACUUUCCACACUGCUUUCAGAUGAAGGCGCCGAAGGUUCGCGGCGGAGGAUGUUUGAUUUGUCGGAAGUUCCGCCAGCUGCGUACCGUAAUGAUAAUGGUGAAACUGAGGUAGAUAGCGUCUUCGAGCCCUCCACAGGGGAUAUCGGAACAACCCCAGUGGCCAACGGGAAUUUAGUUGAGGACGUGGAUCAAAGUAGUGAUCCGGAAGUACCCGUUGCAAAGACUACGGUGCCAGUACCACGGCUUUCUAGCGGGGCAUCAUCCAGAACCUCUGAGCGUUCCGUCACUAGAUCUGGUAGUCCAGGGCCAAGGAAGCCCUACGGUUCUUCGAGACCAAUUAGUGAAGCGCCGGAUCUAUCGGCUCUUGCGACUCAUAUGAGGAUGGCAUCUGCUAUGCUGGCCCAAUUAGACGCUAGCAGCUCAAAGCGGCCAAAGAACGAAGUCGCAGCCAUAAAAGAGAAAAUCAUUGCUAGUAUGCAGACUUUAGAGGAACAAAACUUCUUUGAAACUGCCCCCCUGCAAUCGUUUGACACAAUUAUAGCAAGUGCGGCAGUGGCAGCUCCGUUGUCGUCAACAGGAACAGAAGGCAGUGAAACGACAGCUCCAUCUAACUUGAAUGCUGAAGCUGGAGCGGCUCGCAUGGAAAACGAUCAAAAAACCUCCGGUGUGGAGCGGAAAGCAGACCGGGAUGACCCUAGUGCAGCGACAUUUGGGGAAGAAUGGACCGUCAAGAGAGAACGCAUAAGGAAGUCUUCGCCCUAUGGCUGGUGCAAAAACUGGGAUCUUCUAAGUGUAAUUGUCAAGACUGGUGCGGAUUUGAGGCAAGAAGCCUUUGCAUGCCAGCUCAUACACGUUUGUGACAAGAUAUGGAAGAAGGCUGGCAUACCAGUAUGGGUCAAGAGGAUGCAGAUCCUUGUUACUGGAGAGUCAGCGGGGUUGAUUGAGACUAUCACGAACGGCACAUCUCUGCACUCUCUGAAAAGAAGUCUCACAAUUGCGUCAAUAGCUUCAGGAAAGAACCCUAAAGGUCGAAUCGCCUCGCUCAAAGAGCAUUUUGUCAAGACUUUUGGAGAACCCGAUUCGGAGACAUAUAAAGCUGCUGUAGAUGCGUUUACCAGAUCCUUAGCAGCAUAUAGCGUGAUCUGUUACAUACUCCAACUAAAAGAUCGACACAACGGCAAUGUGUUGAUCGAUAACCAAGGGCAUAUCAUACACAUUGAUUUCGGCUUUAUGCUUUCGAACUCUCCCGGUUCUGUAGGGUUUGAAUCUGCGCCCUUUAAACUCACACAAGAAUAUGUGGACGUGCUCGGGGGUGCUCUAUCACCGGAAUUCGAAAAGUUCCGAGCAUUGUUUAAGCAAGCAUUUCAAGCAUUACGAAAGUCAGCAGACAACUUGGUGGACCUGGAAGUUAUUCCACGAGAAUGUACGACCAAUUUCAGUACUUAUCACAGGGAAUUUAUUAGAGUAGCAAGUUAUUGCGAGCAGGAUAUCACAGCUAUUUUCUCGGUAUCCCGAGCGUUUCUAAUAUUUGCAGUGUGCAUAUGA